AUGGGUAGGAGUGUUGGCUAUGGUUACCUCCUUAAGAGACUCAAGUCGUUAUGGUGGCCAAAGGCGAAAAUGGAACUGGUGACUGUUGACAACAUGUAUUUCCUAGUAAAGUUUUCGUCUGUGGAUGAUUAUGAAUUUGCAAAGUAUGGAGGGCCAUGGAUGGUUCUUGACCACUAUCUCAUAGUCAAGGAAUGGGUACCGAAUUUUGAUCAUUUCAAAGAAAAAAUCGAGAGUAUGAUUGUGUGGAUUCGGUUCCCAUGUCUACUGGCUGAGUAUUUUGAUUACAAAUUUUUUAUGCAAGUUGGGGAGAAAAUUGGUCGACCAAUCAACAUUGAUACUGCCACCAGUUUGAUCUCGAGGGCCAACUUUGCGAGGGUUUGUGUCGAGGUGGACGUCACAAAACCGCUGCUUUCUAAGUUUAGGUUGAGGAAUAGGAUUCGACCUAUUGUGUAUGAAGAGUUAUAUCUUAUUUGCUUUAAGUGUGGGAUGUAUGGGCACAAUGCCGAGAGCUGUAAUUUGAACCAGGAUGAUGGUGCCACCCAAGACUCGAACAUGGAUGGAGAAAAUCGACCGGAAAAGACUUCCAGCGUCGGUAAUGGUCACAAGGAUGGUGGAAAAGGAAUAGAGAAUAUGUCUAUGGAAACUACCUUAAUCAGGCCAGAAGUUACGGAGGAUUUUUACCCAUAG